AUGACUGACUGGGCCAAGCUCAAAGUCGUCGACCUCAAGGCCGAGCUCAAAAGUCGCGGUCUACCACAGCACGGUCUCAAAACAGAGCUUGUCGCGCGAUUAGAUGAAGCUGAUCAAGAAACUGAGAAUACUGAGAAUACUGAGGCCCAAGAACAGCUUGAAGAUGCGCCUACAGACAGCAACUCGGGAAAUAAUGAGCCACCAGCUCAACAACCAGUCCUUGCAGACAACGAACCCCAGGAAGCGACCGAGCAGCAUGAACCGGAAGAAGAGAAACCAACGGCGGAAAUAAUGGAGCUAGAAGAGAAACAGCUGGAUGAUGGCAUCGCGCCCAAUGCUGAUGGGGAGACAAAUAAAGGGGUCCCCGAAACCGAAAAGGAGGAAGAUGUCAAGAAUGGAGCAAUUGAGGAAGCGGCGCACGAUGGCGAUCUGGUCGCUGACGUGCCAAUUCCUGGCAAUGAAAUAGAUGCUCAAUCAAGGGAACCAACGGUGGACGAGAAAUCAAGAGCGGGAACAGUGACAACCACUGUCGAAUCUACACCCUCCCACUCACUCGAACCAACCCCUGCUGCUGAACAGCAAAAGCGCAAACGCCGCUCUCUCACACCCCCACCAACUGAAGAAUCGAUUGCUCGCAAACGCGCCCGCACGGAAGAGAGUUCAGCAAACGGCGAUAAUCUAGGUGCGCGACAGGAAGAUCUGCUACCUGAACCUCAAAACAAACCUGCUCCUAUGAACUUGGAUAGUGAGCCCCAAGCAGAGGAGCCUCAGCAAGAACCUUCACAGGAAGCUGCCCUAGAGACCCAAGUACCCAGACAAGAAGAAUCCGGUGAAGACGGAGAUAAAACGCAGGAUAUGGACUACGAGCGGGACGUCGCGCCGGCGGUGCAUCCGGCCACUUCUGCACUUUAUAUCAAGAACUUCAUGCGCCCUCUCCGACCUCAAGAUGUCAAGGCCCAUCUCGUCACGCUUGCGAGACGGUCUCAAGAUGCAGCGGACGAUGACGACGGGAUUGUGGCUGAAUUCUUUCUGGAUCAGAUCCGCACUCAUGGUUUUGUUAUCCUCAAGAACACCGCUGCUGCUUCCCGCGUUCGCACUGCACUCCAUGGCAGUGUCUGGCCUAAUGAGAGCAAUCGCAAAGCGCUCUGGGUUGACUUUGUCCCUCCCGAGAAAGUCCGGGACUGGAUUGAUACAGAACAAGCCAGCGGCGGCCCCCGCGGCCGCUCCGGUGCUCGAUGGGAAAUCGUUUAUGAGGACGGCCCUAACGGUGAUGUUGAAGCACAUCUCGAGGAAGCAUCAGCAUCAACAUCUCGCACGAUGCCUCAACUGAGCGAAAGACCACACCCAAGCUCGACGAUGGCGACUAAUUCUAUCCCUCUUGGACCCAGAGCACUCCGAGACCCUGCCAUUCCUACUGGACCACGCCCUGUUCGCCCCGGCACUGGACCUGGGCCAAGACCUCCACCUAUCAUCAACCCAGGCGGUGCAUUCAAGCGCACCAACACUCGCCCAGUUAUCGACUACCAGCCUGUAUCAGAAGACCUUGCGCGCCGCCGCAUCGACAACAUGCGCUCUUAUUACACAAACGAUCGCAACCGCGAUGUCGGCCGCGAGAUUAAUCGCUACUCAUUUGAGAAUGGCACUUCAUUCGUUGACCGAGGCAAGGAGAUCUUUGAAGGCAUCCGACCUCCACACCGCGAGCGAGCCAUGGGACGUGAGCGCCGUGGUGGGAGACGCCGUGGACGCGGCGGCGGUGGCGGCGGUCGACCGCGUAGUGAUCGGUAUCUCCCCCCGCCACGGGACGACCGCCGACCUCGUCGUGGCUCCUUGUCUGACGACGGCGACAUUCGAAUGAGGGACUGA